GUAACUGCGGGUGGUGGCAGCGCCAUUUUGAACGUGCAGCUACCGCGGCGGUGAUCCUCACCAGGCAGAGCAGCGCGCUAAGCGACUUGGUCGUCUUCUUUGACUUUUUCCUUCUGUAUUCCGUAUUUGUAGGUAUAUAUAGAGAUACGGCUGUAGCUCUAGAAUUAUAUCCGAAAUCUGAAUUGAACUAAGAUGAUGUUAAGGGGAAACCUGAAGCAAGUACGCAUUGAGAAAAACCCGGCCCGCCUUCGAGCUCUUGAGUCUGCCGCAGGCGAGAGCGAGCCAUCGGCCGCCAUGGCCCUCGCGCUGGCGGGGGAGCCGGCGCCACCUGCCCCGGUGGCUCCGGAGGACCACCCCGAUGAAGAGAUGGGAUUCACCAUUGACAUCAAGAGCUUCCUCAAGCCGGGCGAAAAGACGUACACGCAACGCUGCCGCCUCUUCGUGGGGAACCUGCCCACAGAUAUCACGGAAGAGGACUUCAAGAGGCUCUUCGAGCGCUACGGCGAGCCCAGCGAGGUCUUCAUCAAUCGGGACCGUGGCUUCGGCUUCAUCCGUUUGGAAUCCAGAACACUGGCUGAAAUUGCAAAAGCAGAGCUGGAUGGCACCAUUUUGAAGAGCAGACCUCUCCGAAUUCGUUUUGCUACACAUGGAGCAGCCCUCACUGUCAAGAACCUUUCGCCGGUUGUUUCCAAUGAGCUGCUAGAGCAAGCAUUUUCCCAGUUUGGUCCUGUAGAGAAAGCCGUUGUGGUUGUGGAUGAUCGUGGUAGAGCUACAGGAAAAGGUUUUGUAGAAUUUGCAGCAAAACCUCCUGCACGAAAGGCUCUGGAAAGAUGUGGUGAUGGGGCGUUCUUGCUAACAACGACCCCUCGUCCAGUCAUUGUGGAGCCUAUGGAGCAGUUUGAUGAUGAAGAUGGCUUGCCAGAGAAGCUAAUGCAGAAAACCCAGCAAUAUCAUAAGGAAAGAGAACAGCCACCACGUUUUGCUCAACCUGGAACCUUUGAAUUUGAGUAUGCAUCUCGAUGGAAGGCUCUUGAUGAAAUGGAAAAGCAGCAGCGUGAGCAAGUUGAUAGAAACAUCAGAGAAGCCAAAGAGAAACUGGAAGCAGAAAUGGAAGCAGCUAGGCACGAACACCAAUUAAUGUUAAUGAGGCAAGAUCUCAUGAGGCGUCAAGAAGAACUCAGACGCUUGGAGGAGCUCAGAAACCAAGAGUUACAAAAACGGAAGCAAAUACAACUGAGACAUGAGGAAGAGCAUCGACGCCGUGAGGAAGAAAUGAUCCGACACAGAGAACAGGAGGAACUGAGGCGACAACAAGAGGGCUUUAAGCCAAAUUAUAUGGAAAAUAGAGAACAGGAAAUGAGAAUGGGUGAUAUGGGUCCCCGUGGAGCAAUAAACAUGGGAGAUGCAUUUAGCCCAGCACCUGCUGGUAACCAAGGUCCUCCUCCAAUGAUGGGUAUGAAUAUGAACAACAGAGGAACUAUACCUGGCCCACCAAUGGGUCCUGGUCCUGCCAUGGGACCAGAAGGAGCUGCAAAUAUGGGAACUCCAAUGAUGCCAGAUAAUGGAGCAGUGCACAAUGAUAGAUUUCCUCAAGGACCAUCAUCUCAGAUGGGAUCACCUAUGGGGAGUAGAACAGGUUCUGAAACCCCUCAAGCACCAAUGAGUGGUGUAGGUCCUGUUAGUGGUGGUCCUGGUGGUUUUGGUAGAGGAAGCCAAGGGGGCAACUUUGAAGGCCCUAAUAAGCGUCGUAGAUAUUAAACAUUAUUUCAUUCCUGGCUACUAAGAGAAAAAAACCUCAGUGGUAUGCCUUUACACUUUUACUUGUUACCUGGAAGAAAUGGUUUUAUUGUUAAUGUAUGUAGACUUUAAAGUUUUUUUUUUGUAAAACUUGAGGUUUUUGUAUUUUUCUUUAUUCAUACAUAACCUUUGUAGAUUAGAAUGGUAAUGAUGAUGCUCAUCAUUGUGAAUGUUAAAAUGUGUUUGUGACUUUAGCUAAAUAUACAUAUGCCAUAGAACUGUGAAGUCUGUGUAGUUACUUAAUCUUAAUAAAGAAAUCAUUUUGGAUAAUUUACAAAUGUUAUUAGUAGUAUUCUCUCAUAGUUUUACUAAACUUUGCUGUAACAGUAAUACUUUGGUUGCUUUAAUUAAUCCCAAUGAUUUAAAAAUGAAAAUGAUUUUCUCUUUUUUAGUUUUUGCAAGUAGCACUGAAGAUAGAAGCUUAGUGAACAAGCUAAUGUCAGUAAGGGGUGGAUAAAAAUAGUACGUUGGGGAGGGAUGUGGGAAUGGGUUUACAUUUGUAUAAAACCAUGAUGUUCUUUCUGUGAAAUCAGAGUUGCUGUCUACAUUUCAUAUAGAUUCUGAAUAUUCAAAUAUUCUGAGAAGGAAUAUUAAGGAUAUCUUUGUCCUGUGCUGAUUUUUUCAAAUAAACCUUUUGAAUCUUGGAAAAAAAAACUGUUUGGAGGCAAAUCUCUUUUGCUUUUAAAAUUAUGCCUAUUUGUAAUCUUAUCUGCCAUUAUUUGGUGUCCGUAUCUAGAUCUUACCCUUUUAAUUUUCUUUUAAAAUAAAAAAAUACUGUUAGGUUGGAUUUUAAAAGAGGAUUUGGUGUGGUUUAGAAUUGGGUAUUUCUUGAGAAUGUUUACAGAAGUAUUAAAGAUGGAUUAACUUUGUGGUGUUGUAAAUAUCAUCCUAUAGUUAAGUCCAGUAAACUUGUCUGACAGGCCAGUUGUGUUUGUUUCCAAGGAAUACAGUUCAAGUGGUGAUUUAAAAAAGAAAAAAUUAAUUUGAGAAUGGCUGAGAUCAUUGGAUCAGAUUAGUUCCCUCUACUGUCAAAUAGGUAUUUUGAAGUUUGAUUUUCAGUACUAGGAAUAAACUGAUUUUUAAUCCCAUUAUAAUUGUUAUUCUAAAACAAAGUCCUUGUUAUAUUUAAACUUUUGUAUGUUAGCCAUGUUUAAUUUAAAAUUAUGUUUAAGGAAUUAUAUAUUUACAUUAAGCCACAAAUCUGAUGCAUCAGCUAUUGAUUAUAACAGUUAUUUCUCACAUUUUAGUGUGUUACUGUAUCAUGCUUUUAGCAUUUUUAUGAAAACUAUUCUGUUUUGAAAUGAACAGUAUGUAAAAAUUAACUUGUUUUUGCAUGGUAUUUGUUUAUGCUGGAAGGCAUACUUUGUAAAAAAAUAAAUUCAGUUAAUUUAAAAUCUUGCAUAAAAGCAGUUGUGAAGCAAAAUUGAGAUGCAUUCUUUUGUAACAUUUUUCUUUUGUACUGUUUCACAUAUUUUUAAAACACAGCUGUAUGGAUAGAAUUAUUUUCUAAAAUUUGCAGUAUUCAUAGGCUUUUGUUUUUUGGCAAAUACUUGAAAACACGAUUUGGAAGUUGUAAGUAAUAGUCAAAAAAGAUUGUUCUCAUCACAUUUUCCACGUGUAUGAUGAGUUGACAGGGAGUGGAAUUUAAUUAGUUGCAGUGUAGGGAGUUUUAACAUUAACUAUAAUUUUUAAAUGAUACCUAUUGCACCUAAAUAUACCUUUCCCAUCAUCUUUAUUUUUAUUCAUAUAAUCCCAGGUUUGCUAGCUUUGUAUUUUGCUUCAAAACUGAAUUAAGAGUGGGAAAGACUUGAUCCUUUGAUGUUAAUACCAAGCUGUCUUUGGCCAAGGCUGUGAAAUUCUGUAACAUUGAUUCAAGAACAUUUGAAAGCCAGUACACAAAGAGAUGUCCUUAUCUCCUGAACGUUCUAGUGUCCGGCUCAACUCUGGCUCCAAGAAUAAAGUUCUACACAGCUUUUUCCCUGCAUCAAGAAAACCUUUGUUCCAGUAUUUACCAAGUUUACCCUGGGAACAGUCAGCUUCUGAGUGACAGUCAAGUGGAACAUCUGUGAAUCCCCAGUUACUCAGUUUUUAGUGUUUUUGUAUGAACAACUUUGUGGCUGGUUCAGUCAGUACUUUUUCUUGUGAAUUAGUAUACAGACUGAGGAAGAUAUUUGAAUAUCAUUUGCUUAAAAGCAGUAGAUAUAAAAAUAAAUAAUAUUAGCUUUUCUAAAUAAGUGUGAACUUGUCAUAUGCUACCAUAAUUUUCCAUAAAAAGCUAAUAUGAAACAAUCUUAGAAUUUCACAGUAUCAUGUUUCUUUCUGUGUCAUAAUUUACUGAAUUAAAAGUCUGUAGGAUUUAGAUUUCAUAUGCUAUUAUUAUGUAAGUAAUGUAUAUAAAAUAAACACCCAUUUUUCUAAUUAUUUUGUCAAAAUUUACCCAUUUUUUGUUUGCUUUGAAGAUAAAUAAAUUGUUUUUCUUCUUGCCAGAUCUAGUUUUUUUGUUUUGUUUUGUUUCUUUGUUUUUUGACAGACCUAGUUUUUAAAGAACUUUUGGUUCGUCCAGAUUUCAGAAAACCCAAUUUGUUAUUCCUUGAAAUUUUGGAUUUUUCUUUUUAAAAUGAGUACUGAGCACUCAGUGAAAGAAAUUAUUUAACCCAACGGUAUCCAUAAUAUUAGAGGAAAAAAUAACCUGUUUUCUCCAGAAUUGCUAUUUAAUAUAAGAAAUAGAAAUCAUCAACAAGGACAUUAAUGGAAUGUUAGAUCUUGUCUCUCAAGUACUAAUUGAAGUUACAUCUUCACAUUUUAUUCAAAACAUACUUGUUGAACAUUUCAGUAACUUGGUAUUUAAAAGUAAAGUCUAUAAUAAUUACUAAGUAAUUAGUGUGAAUGAUUAAUGGUCACUAAUUAAUAUUUGGGGGUUUGGUUGCUAAUUACAGCCAAGAUUCUGAAUUAGAAAAAGAUACGUGUGUGAUUGAAAUAAGUGUGUGAUUGAAAAAAAAAAAAGUCUUGUGAAUGUGAUGUUUAUGUUUAAACCUUUUUUAAAAGUUUUGAAAUUUAGUGUCAAAUGGGACUAUAAGAAAUAAAAGGGAUAUUUUUUUUUGCAAAAACAGGAAAUUUUCUGGGGAAUAUUGUGGUAUUUAAAUGUUUUGUGUGUGGUGUUGUGUUAUAAUAUCUCAUAAUAUGUUAAAAUAUGUUCCUGAAAUAUAAGAAAGUGCUAAUGAUUUGAAAGACUAUUUUCAAAAGUAAGUUCUUGAACACCCACAUAUCUGACUCCUAAAUUAAGCAAUUGUAAGUAUGUUCCUGUGAUUACUUCAUUGAUAGAUGCUUGUUGACAUGGACUUAUUUGGGACAGGGUGGAGGGAAGAGGUGGAAACUACUUCAAAGUAAGUAGCAAGUCCAUCACUUAAGUUAAAUAGACCCGUUUGGGUUUAUUUCAUCCUAAAUAAAUGAUGAUUAAAUACAUCGAGAGUAGUGGCAUACUUUCAAGAGCAUUAUUACCUUUCCUGCACCCUUCAGAACCAAAUUUCUAAAAACAGGAAACAAUUUUUGUGUGCUCACUUUACAUAAUUGUUCACAGUUGUGUAAAAUGAAACACACAAAGCUUCCCAGUUGAGUGUGGACUAGUAAUUUUUAGAACAUCACUCUGGGGAUAUUAUAUAUAUAUUUUUUAGUAUCUGAUCUUAAAUUUUUUUAAUAGUGUCUGAUUGAACUCUGUUUAUGUAUUAUAUAUUGUAUUUUUUUUAUUUGUCAAAAGCACUGUCUUCUACAUGUAGAAAAGCCAUCUUGAAAUUUUGUUUUCUUGAUUACUGAAAAACUAUUAAUAGUUGAAGUUUGAAUCUUAAAAGACUGAAUAUUUAAAGGCAGAACCAGAAUGUCGUUACCUUGGGAAUAUUACUUCUUGUCUUUUUCUAUAAAACCAUGUUUAGAUUAUAAUUAUCUUUAGGGAUUCCUUUUGGUUGAAACUUAUUAUUUGAUUUUUUUUUUUUUUUUAUUUACCUGGUGGGAUCAGUGGAAGAUACUGAUCUUCCAAAAUACUGAUUUGUUUUAUGAUGUACAUUUUCCCUUUUCAAUAAGAGAAGCCUGUAUUUUCUAGAUGCAGUAUAGUGCAUUUCUUAAAGUAAUCAUGCCAGUUUGUAGUACACAUUUUUUAAAAAUUGUUUUUCAGAUAUAAUAGUUUUAUGGUUUGAAUCACUGUUACUCUUACCAGUUCUCACCUCUGCAGUAGAUACUAGAUUUGUUGACUGUGUUGAUAUAAAAAUCUUAAGUUAGAAUUACUGUUUGUCUUCUGAGUUAAAGAAGUGGAUUUUAAAAGGUGGUAUUCUGCAUAUAUGUGUAUGUAAAAUUUCAGUUGUGUUUUCUACAAUAUAAUUACCCAAAUUUCAUGUAAUACAUUUCCAUCUCAUAAAGACUAAUUAUAAUUAGUGCGAUUAGGUAGAAUUAAGAAGUGUACUUAGUAGGAAUGCAUACUUCUUAAAUUUUCAACUUACUAUUAUUUUUUUAAGUAUCAGUUGGGACACCUAGGUGGCCCAGUCGGUUAAGCAUCUGCCUUCUGCUCAUGUCAUGAUCCCGGGUUCCUGGGAUUGAGCCCCACAUUGGGCUCUCCGCUCAGCGGGGAGUCUGCUUCUUUCUCUCCCCCUCUGUCCCCCUCCCCCAGCUCGUGCUCCCUCUCUCUCACUCUAUCUCAAAUAAAUAAAUAAAAUCUUAAAAAAUAAGAGUAUUGUCCAUUAAUAAGAAAUGGUUUUUAUUAAUUAAAAACAAGGGUUCUGCAUUGCAUCAAUAGUAAUGUGUGGACGUUACUUGAGUAGUGAUGUAAUUGGACCUGGAGUUUCUUAAAUUCUCUGUGUGUUUGCAGAUUGAAGACUUUGGAAUUGAUACUUACAUCUAACAUUUGUUUCUAGCUCUGAAAUUAUUUCAGAUAAUUAUUAUCUUUAAGGUAGGAAAUACAAGGAUAUAAGUAUCAAAACUUAAAGGAGUAGCCACAGUAAUUCAUUAUGUUUCAUGUUAUAUCUGUGACUGGAUCUCUUAAGACAUAGUCAUCCUUGUUUCAUCUUCUUUAUGCAAAAUGUCAUCCUACCAGACAUUUGUGAAUGUGAAAGAAGGUUUACGUAUGUUUUGGGGGUUUAGAAGAACCAUGUAAAUACAAUCCUUUCACUAUUAACUUUGCCAAGUUUGGCCUAGGAGUUACUCUCAUUUUUAUAUGCUUAUUUAAUUUCUGCAAAUUAUAUUAUCGUACAUUGUGCCAAAAUAAUGGUAGUUAAUUUUUUGUCAGGGUAUUUUCAGAUUAUUAGGUAACAUUAAAUCAGCAUCAAAUGUGACACAUUGCUUAGAUUUACAAAUGUUGCUUGGUGUUUUAUAUGUAAUGAGAAAAAGUAAACAAUCUCACACAGUGACUGUCUUUUAAUUUCUGACCUUCUUAAAAGUGUUGGAGGCAGUAGUAACUUGCUCAGUGGUUACUUAGUCUAUAAUGCUAAUUCUUAGAAUUGCUUACAAUAUAUAUAUGUUCAUGGACUGGUUAGAAUAUUUAAACAUUAGGAAUCAGCAGUUCAACAAAGUUGAACAUGAAAAUCAGAGUAAUUGUCCACAAAAUUAUAUUUUUGCAGUCAUACAGAGUUUAUGAGGGAGCCAUGUCAUUCAGAAUUGCACUAUAUCCAUGUAUUUAUUGUACCAAUAUGUAUUGAGGGGUCCUUUUGUUUGCUGUACCCUUUCCUAAGGCGGAGAUACAGGAGUGGAAAAAACAAAAUGCCUACUCUUAAUUAAAAACCAGCAUCCAUGUGAAUAUCCUUUCAGAUUGGUAGUUCUCACACUUCAGUGUGCAUUGCAGUCACCUGGAGGGCUCAUUAAAACAGAUUUCUGGGCUCUACCUCACAGUUUCUGAUUCAGCAGGUCUCAGGUAGGGCUAACGAGUUUCUAACAAGUUCCCUGAUGAAGAUAAUGUUGGGUUUGGGGACUCUUUGAGAAUCUCUGUUCUGAAGUGUUACUCAAAAGAAUCACGGUAACUUUUUGGUUAGUUGGUUUUUGUUGCUGGUAGCAUAGGUGAUUGUCCUGGUACGUUAUAUGUUAUUUAGGAUCUCUGGCCAGUCAUUGAGACCAUUCAAAACUCCCAAACGUUUCCAGAUACUCCCAACUGACAAGUACAGCAAAAAAGUCCAUUAAUUAUAAGUGGGCUAUUGAGUGCUAAAUCUUACACAUAAGAUUUUUGAACUAGGAUUUUUUGUGUCUCAAGCCUAGUGAAUUCAAGUGAAAAUAGAAUACAGAAAAGUACAAUUUGAAAGUUUUGUAAAGGUUUCUCACUUAACCGAUUUUCAACUACCUAUACAGUAUGAGAAAUGGAACACUGUAACAAUGUUUUUAUAUAAGUAUAUUUGAAGAUGCCUGGGGUGUCUGGCCAGCUGUAGGACUCCUGCUUGACCUUGCUGGGGUCAUGAGUUUGAGCCCCAUUUUGGGUGUCAUGGUUAUUUAAAAAAAAAAAAAAGAAAAAUGUUGAAGUGCUUAUACCUGACAGAUGAAGGUUUUAGAAAACACUCUUGGUCUUUGCUUACCAUCUUGGUAAAUAAUGAAUAUAGUGACACUCUUUUGAUGAGUUAAAAUGAUAACUCAACCUUUCUCUUUUGUGAACUGAUCUUUUAGUUGACUAGAUUGAAGGUAUACAUUUGAUAAAUGCAUUUUCCAAGACAGUGAGUAUAUUUAUUAAAAUAAUUUUCUAUUGGUUUGUAGCUUUAAUUUUCAUUACUCGUUUUAGAAAGUAAUGCCACCAAGGAGUUCAGUAAAUGGAAAUUGUUAAGCAAUUUUAUGGUAAAGUUAUAGCCUAGCUCAUGAGACCUUACAAAGAUUUACGCUGCAUGUAUGUAUUAUUCAAACUCUAUUCAAUACAUUAAAUGUAGUACAUUAAAACAAUUAAAUUGAUCCAUAAUGAGAGCAUAUAGUUGUGAUACUGAUUAUAGUUCCUUUAAAAAAUUUUGACUAUUAUUAGUGCAAAGAAACAAUCACCUGGUUUAUAGCCUUUUAAAUAUUUCAGCAGGUAGUUUCUAGAACCUUGUGUAUGUCUGCUAAAAUCUGUGUAUAGGAAACAGAGAGAGACUUGUUUGUUAUUUCGAUGUCACCUGGGUGCCCCUCUUGCUCUUGCUUCCCAAAGAUUGCCAUACUAUAAUGUCCUCUCAGUUUUACCAGGAAAUCCACAUUGACCAAGCAUUUUGUGGUUUUGUGAACUAGAAAUGGGAUUGAAUCUGAGUGGUUACAUAUCUGUCCUCAAGGAAAUCAACUCAUCUACCUUUUAUCUUUCAACUUUGCAUCAACCUACCCCCCCUCCUUUUUUUUUUUUUUUUUUAAAUUAAGGAGUCAGAUUCCUUGCUCCACAGGAACCCAGGAUUCAAAGAGACUACUAGGUUUCUUCCCCAACAUGGCUUAUUACCCUAUUUUCCAACUGUGAAAUUCUCAUGUAGUCUAUUGAGAGUAAAAGUUUCUUGAAUCUGUUUUUUAAAAAUUACAUGGAUAGAUUUCUUACACAUUUAUUUUUCCUCUUCAAUUAUUUAUUACUAGUUUCCUUCAAUCAAGAAAUGAUUAACUCCUGUGGCAGUACUUGGACACUACAGUAAAUUAUAUUUCUACAAGUCAGUGCUUUAUUUUUAGGAACACAAAUGCAGAAAAAAGGUAAAAUUUGAAAAAGCAAGCUGUUAAUCUACACUGAAGUUUUCUUUUUUUUUUAAGAUUUUGUUUAUUUAUUUAACAGCACAAGUAGGCAGAGUGUCAGUCGGAGAGGGAGAAGCAGGGAGCCCCAUGUGGGGCUCGAUUCCACGAUCUGAGCCCAAGGUAGCUGCUUAACCUACUGAGCCACCCAGGCGCCCCUAUACUGAAGGUUUCUGAUUCAUGUUGUGGUUUCCCUAUAUAGCAAUGUCCCCUUAUCUGAGGAAGAAACAUUCUAAGACCCCCAGUGGAAAAGCACAGACAGUACCAAACCCUGUAUGUACUUUCCCUAAUUAACAGGCAUUUCUGCAGUAAAGUUUAAUUUAUAAAUUAGACACAAUAGUAGGAGAUUAACAAUAAUGAGAUACAUAUACAAUUUAUCAAAGAUACAAUUAUACUAUAAAUAAAAGUUAUGUGAAUGUGGCCUCUGUCUCAGAAUAUUGUACUGUAUUCAAUGCCUUUGAUGAUGUGAUAUAGCAUUUGUGAUGAGAUAAAGUGAGGUGAAUGUCUUAGGCAUUGUGAUGUAGCAUUAAGCUAUUAGUGACCUUCUGACCAUAUGUCUGAAGAGUAUUGUCUACUUCCAGACUCUGGGUAACUGAAACGGUGGAAAGCAAAACCACAGAUAAAGAAGACUUCUGUAUUCCCUGCACAUCUGAUCUCAUAUUUAACAGCCCCAAUUAUUAUCCCACUAGACAGGGCCUAUGAAUGAAUUGUGAAGAAUUUUAUCAUUGUUACGUUUGGAAAGAGCAUAGGAGGGUGAAAGAAAACAUGGAUGACGCUUCCUGAAUUUUGGCUUCUAGGAUGAAUCAAGUUCAGAGACUAGGAACUGCUGGUGUUGUCAGUAUUUCCUCUCAG